AUGGCGCUGGCAGGCGCGGAGGACGUCUAUGCCAACCUCUUUUCGGAGGCGCUGUCCGGCUUUUUGGAGGUUCCAGGCGGCGCUGCCGCUGAGCCCAAGGUGGGCGAGUGGUCCACAGCGCUAGUGGUGGAGAAGCGGUUCUGUAGACACCAGAACCGGCAGUGUCCAGGUUGCCGGGAAUCUCCUGCAGGGGGAGCCCUUUGGAAAGCUGCGGAGGCGAGGCUAUGGCGCCCGCGUGCAGAAGCGCCUCUUCGCACUGCCGGCGGCGUCGGCCCAGUACGGCUUCCCCUCGCUGGAGCUCACCUCUCGCUCCACCUGCCAUGA